UCUUCAUCUUCCAUUCUCAGAGCCCAUAUAUAUUCCUUGCACGCCAGACAUCUCAACCCUUCUCUCUUUCUCUCUCUAGAACCUCUCUCUCUGGGUCUAGAACAUAUGUUAGACGCAAACUUGUUCCAAUCUGUUUGGUAACUGAAUUUGCAUUGCUAAUCCAAUAAAACACAAUUGAAAGAACAAAGAAAAAGGUUGUGGGGAGGCAUUUCAGCCGUGUGUUCUUAUUCUUAUUGUGCCUCCCCUCAGAUCUUAGUCUUCUGCAGGAUUUGGCAUCUGGGUUUUGUUUCAACUGGUUUGAUUAAUUUUGCGUCGGUUAAUUGAUCGACGAACGAUCCGAUGUUUUGAAUUGAAUCGAAGAAUAUUGAUUUUUGUAUUGGAGACAGAAUUGGUUUGGCUUGUAAUAAUAUACAAAUAAGAAAUAUGCAAUCUGAUAGUGGUAAGUUAUUUAUUGGUGGAAUAUCUUGGGACACAAAUGAAGAGCGUCUCAAGGAAUAUUUUAGUUCAUAUGGGGAGGUUGUAGAAGCCGUUAUUAUGAAGGAUCGGACCACAGGACGUGCUCGAGGUUUUGGCUUUGUUGUUUUUGCUGACCCGGCUGUUGCAGACAGAGUCGUAAAGGAGAAGCACAACAUUGAUGGAAGGAUGGUUGAGGCAAAAAAGGCAGUCCCUCGGGAUGAUCAAAAUAUUUUGAAUAGAAACAGUGGUAGCAUCCAUGGCUCUCCUGGUCCUGGCCGCACAAGAAAGAUAUUUGUUGGAGGCUUGGCAUCCACGGUCACAGAGAGUGACUUCAAAAUGUAUUUUGAUCAGUUUGGGACAAUCACUGAUGUUGUGGUGAUGUAUGAUCACAACACCCAGAGGCCUAGAGGCUUUGGAUUCAUUACUUAUGAUUCAGAGGAAGCAGUAGACAAGGUUUUGGUUAAGAGCUUCCAUGAGCUAAAUGGUAAAAUGGUUGAGGUCAAGCGUGCUGUUCCCAAAGAGUUAUCCCCAGGUCCCAGUCGCAGCCCUCUUGGUGGAUACAACUAUGGCCUGAGUAGGGUCAAUAGCUUCCUUAAUGGCUACACUCAAGGAUAUAGUCCAAGCACAGUUGGGGGCUAUGGACUGAGGAUGGAUGAUAGAUUAAGUCCAAUAUCUGGUGGUCGAAGUGGGUAUCCUCCAUUUGGUUCUGGUUAUGGAGUGGGUAUGAAUUUUGAGCCGGGGUUGAACCCAGGUUAUGGGGGGAGUGCAAAUUUUAAUAGUAAUCUCAGCUAUGGGCGGGGAUUGAACCCUUAUUAUGUUGGUAAUUCAAAUAGGUUUGGUAGUCCAAUUGGGUAUGAUGGUCGUAGUGGAGGCUCUUCCUUUUUCAGCUCAGUUACUCGAAAUCUGUGGGGAAGUGGGGGGCUUAAUUAUGGGACAAACUCCACAAGUUCCAGUGCGUACCAGGGAUCUGGAAGUGGGAGCAUUGUAGGAAGUACAUUUGGUAAUACUGGAGUUAAUUGGGGUUCUUCAGGAAUUUCUGCUCAAGGUGGAAACAAUGUUUCUAACAGUAGUGGAAAUCUUGGUUAUGGAGGUGGUGAUAACAGCUAUAGUCUGGGAAUGGGAGGGUAUGGAAGAAACAGUGGUACCAAUACAGCCCCAACAUCAUCUUUUGCUGCAUCAAAUGGUGGUUUUGAUGGUGGUUUUGACUUUCAUAGUGGCGGUUCAGUAUAUGGGGGGGACAGCACUUGGCGAUCAUCAAAUGCUGAGCAAGAUGGGUCUGGUCCCUUUGGUUAUGAUGGGCUUGGCAGUGCAGCUUCCGAUGUUUCUGCUAAAGCUCCUCCUGGUUAUGUUGGUGGUUAUAGUGUCUAUAAGAGACAACAGUCAAACAGAGGAAUUUCUGCGUAGGAGGAUCAUUUGGAUUCACAACAUUUGUAGGUGAAGAUAAUCUAUUGAAGCAGGUGAAUUGUGAAUUUCACACACCCCCCAUCGUUAAUACAUUUCAGUUAGAUCUUAAGUUUGGUUAUCUAGAGCUAACUGGAGUGCCCGUGUCGAAGAAUCAAAUUUAGAGAUAGAAGUUACAGGAAUUUUGUGUUAAGGCUUGGGUUUUGAGUUACUGUUUUAGGUUUUUUCUUUUUUUGUUACUCGAGUGAGAUGUAAAAUCAGAUUGCGGGAUAUAGUCAGAAGUGUAUCAUGCAUCUCUGGUGAGGCGGCAAUACAUGAUGAAAAAGAUAGACUUAUGACACUUUUUGUUUCCAUAGAUUUUGAUAUGCAAUGUCUCUGGCAAAGUUGGGGGUUCUGUGGUCAGGGAUGCAUUGAUUUCCCUUUGUUCCCAUCAUUUUGGUUUGUUUUGGCAGAUUGUACUGAGGUUUUUGUUCAUUCACUAGUGUGAAACAUUUAAGGGAUACCUAUCUUGGGAUCCCAUGAAUAAGUCUACAGAUGCUGAUUCUUUUUU